GGAGCCGCUCCGGGCUCGCUUCCUGCUCCUCCCCGGGCGACCAGGGGCGCCGCUGCCCGCAGCCCCGCCGAGGAGCCCCGGUCGGCUUUGCCGAGGUUUUGCCGGUUUCCGUGGGCUCUUAGGAGCGGAGACCCCUUACUGGCUUGGGAGGGAUCAUGGCGCAUGUCUAGGAGCUUUUCCCGUGGGAUGUAGCAGAGGAUUGGUGUGCACGGAUAAUGCUGCGAGUGGGAGACUUUGAUAAGAUCUGGCGUGAGCACUGUGAGGAUGAGGAAACUCUGUGUGAAUAUGCUGUGGCAAUGAAAAACCUUGCAGAUAAUCACUGGGCAAAAACUUGUGAAGGGGAAGGCCGAAUUGAAUGGUGUUGCAGCGUAUGCCGAGAAUAUUUUCAGAAUGGUGGGAAAAGAAAAGCACUUGAGAAAGAUGAAAAAAGAGCACUUCUUGCUUCUAAGACCACUCCAGCUUUAAAUGUUUCCCAGGCUCCCAAGAUUGAAGAUCCCUUGCCAAAUAUUGGCUUGACAAAUCAUGAAGCUAUAACAGAAGAAUUGCUCCAUUCCUUGGGGAAGAUCAGAUUACUUGAUGUUGGUAGCUGCUUUAAUCCAUUUCUGAAGUUUGAAGAAUUUCUGACAGUUGGCAUAGAUAUUGUUCCAGCUGUUGAGAGCGUAUACAAAUGUGACUUCUUAAAUCUUCAGAUUCAGCAACCUCUCCAGCUGGCACAAGAUGCUAUAGAUGCCUUUCUUAAGCAACUGAAAAAUCCCAUUGAUUCUCUACCUGGAGAACUGUUCCAUGUUGUCGUUUUCUCAUUACUCCUUUCUUAUUUUCCAUCACCUUAUCAACGAUGGAUAUGCUGUAAGAAGGCACAUGAACUUCUCGUAUUAAAUGGCUUAUUGCUUGUAAUAACUCCUGAUUCAUCUCAUCAGAAUCGCCGGGCUAUGAUGAUGAAAAGCUGGAAAAUUGCCAUAGAGUCCUUGGGUUUUAAACGCUUCAAGUAUUCCAAGUUUUCUCACAUGCACCUGAUGGCAUUUAGGAAAACUUCCCUUCAAACGACAAGUGACUUAGUUAGCAGGAACUACCCAGGAAUGUUGUAUAUCCCACAGGAUUUCAACAGUAUAGAGGAUGAGGAGUAUUCCAACACUUCCUGCUAUGUUCGAUCAGAUACAGAAGAUGAACAGCUAGCUUACGGUUUUAUGGAGCUACCUGAUGCUCCUUAUGACUCAGACUCUGGAGAAAGCCAGUCUAGUUCAAUUCCUUUCUAUGAGCUAGAAGAUCCUAUAUUGCUUCUAAGUUAAUGUAGUUGUUGAAAUGCCCUUUCAGUCAGUCAAACCUCUUGCUUAACUAAUUUUGCUAUACUAACAUGGGCUCAACACAAAAAUGGUUUGCAUAAUGAAAAUGCAAAGGUUUACAGAGUUUGCUAUUUUUUUCUACUUUUGAAUUUUAAAAUUUAUUCUUGUAUGAAAGUGAAAAAAUACAAGUUUUAUGCAAAUGACUCAUGUCAUAGCAUAAAUUGCUGUUACUUUCUUUAGAGUUGUAUCACUAAUUUUUUUCCAGAAAGGUACCAGUUUCUUUAGUGCUGUGAAGUGUGAAUUCUAUUUAACUUCCUAAAUGUUGUUUCAAUAUUUUAACUCAAUGUGGUUGAGCUUAAGGCACUGGAGUUGGUGGGCUUCUGAGAAGUAUAUGUAGGAAGAAAUAUUUUGCACUUUAAUUAAAUGUGCAGAUAGGUUAAGACACUUGGUUACACAUGUCCCUUCUUAAUUGUGGAACAAAAUUUUUUUUCCAAAACUUGUUUCACUCUGGUUAAGCCUAGGCUGGAGUAACUAUAAUGCUUGCACGUUUGAUUUUAUGUUAAUUGCAGCCCUCUUGAGAUAACACCAAAUUGAGGUAACACCAAAACACUGGAGUAUAUUCAUCCAUAGUUAUACAUACUGUGUAAUUUCAUUGCAUAAAUAGUAGUUAGACAUGAGAUUUCUGAAGAUGUUAUCCUCCCCCAGAGGAGUAUGGUACGUCUAGAUAAUUAUGUUUCACUUCAAAGCUGGAACAUGGGUUUGCAAUUUCAUGAGCACUAACGUAUAUCAGUAUUUCCCCAGUUAUGUUGUUCUGUAUUCUUUUCAAACUGUGGUUUGGGGGGGUGGGGUGGGAUGGGGACACACGACAGGGUGGGUUUUGUCAUGUUUUAAAGUAAAAUAUUUAUGCAUUUUAGAAACAAACAACUUUUUCUUUAAUUGUCUUUAUUUGUAGAUCUCCCAAGUUCUUUGGUAACUACAGACCAAUUCUGUAAAAAGGUACACAAUUAUACAAGUUUUUCAAGGAUAAACAUAUUUGCACAAAAUUUGUGUAUUCAGACCACACAAGUGAAGUUAACAUACACUAUUUGUUUGCUUAUUUGGACCCAAACAUCUUCAGUUUAGUUAAAUAAAAACUCCAUAGCUCUCUGAAAAUCCGUUUGCACUGUAAGGAGAUGGAACAGAAAUGUUUUACAUUUACUAAGUUUUUUUAACUUGCAUAAUAAAUUUGUGAGAUUUUGCAGGAAAAAACCAAAUUCUGUUCAGUGGUGAAAAUAGAGGAUUCAGUAUUAGUUUAGCUUAGAUUUCCUUCCAUUUAAAAAUAAUGGCCAGAAUUUUCAGAUUUGAGUGUUAAACUUAAAUCUGUAUGUAAGUGCCUAAUAGUAAAUUAUUUGAACGAGGUGCCACAUCAUGGUUUUAAGACUGACUUCAGCAACAUGGCAGAAAAUACUAAUACUUAUUUUCACAGGUGGUUGUGAUGAAGUAUACCUUACACCAUAUUAACCUACCCUGUUAUAUUUGUAACGGAGAAGUUACCAGAUAAACUGAAGUUGUAGUAUGGAUGCUGCAAAAAGGAAACUUACUCCUUCCAUUGAAGUUUUGCACUGAAAGUGUCACAGUUUGACCUACCUGUUUUUCUUUUAUACUGUUUCCUACAAAGAGUCAUCCUGCAUUGGUCCAGCUUAUGCCCAAACAUCAUCUGCAUUUAAAUGCUUUAUUCUUUAACAUAAGCUUUUUGUGUCUCUUCUUAAAUUUAAAGCAUCCCCUAAUACCUGAUUCAAAUUCGUUAUUCAGUCUGAAUGAUAUAGUUAUAUACAAACCAAACCAUUGUAUUGUGAUGUGUAAACAAAAAUUUAGACAUGCAAGUAUCAUGGUUAACUUUUACUCUUUUUUUUACAGAGAAUACUUCCCUAAUGAAAUACACGGUGGCUUCAAAAUUGGCUAUAAGUCAGUAUUUGCAUCUAAUGUUUUACCAAUUCACUUUCACUAAAAUGUUUGUCAUUCAAAGCCUUUCUUCUUCCCAGUUAACCACUGGCUCCAGCAGUGCUCACGUUAAAGCUAAAAUUUUGGUGCUAUAAAUGCAGCUGUUUAUGGAAAUUUAGUCUUUGCAUACUUCGAAGUGUACCUAACAUUUUAACUGAUACUCCUUUAAAAAAAAAAAAGUUAUAUACCAGCUAACAUUAUGUUGGUAUUGGUUAAUGUAAAUUGGUUUGUGAUUAUUACAAAAAACCAAUUCAGACCAAGAUUCAUCCCUCAGAAAUAGUUUAAAAUAUUCAUGUUUAAAACAUGCCUUUUUGGCAGGUUGGUAGUUGUGGUUUAGGGACCUGAGAUUCCUAACAGCUUGGUUUUCUUGAUGCCUUUUUUUUUUUUUUUUAAACAAGGGACAGUACAUUGUGGGGUAGGAGGACAAUGGAAUUUACACAAAUACUUAUAUCUCCCUGAACAAUAGAGUGGUGAUAUCUGGAGAUAUUUGGCUUUGGUGCAAGAAGAAUUUUCUAGGUUAUGAAAUAUUUGAAAAUUAUGACUGUGCAAGAGAUCUCUUGUUCUUAAGGUGCUGGAGAGAA